GUGCAGGACUUACUAUCAUUCUACUCACCUACCCUGAGGAAGUUAUUUCCGUACUGGACACUUCUACUGGUCGCAUCGUUUUUGCAGUCACACACUAUUUGACUUGAUUCACUUCGAUCUGGUGAUCUGUGGAUUACUGGUUAGUAGGCUCUUGAUACGAUCUGGUGGGCAGGCCGCUGUUUACCUGCGGCGGCGUGUAAGGACCUGCGCGUGAGCGUGCGUUUGCGCGCGCUACAGGUGCGGCUCAGGCGCGGCCCCAGUGCAGGAACAGAGAGUCGCGAGCGCGGGGAGACAUGGCGGUUAAUGAGAGGGCCACGCGCGCUCUGAAGGACCUGAUCAAGAGACCCGGGAACGAGACAUGCGCAGACUGCGGGGCUCCUGAUCCAGAAUGGGGAUCGUGUUCGUUGGGAGUUUUCAUUUGCCUAAUCUGUUCAGGAAUUCACCGGAACAUUUCCAACUCUGGAAAGGUUAAAUCUCUCCGUCUGUCACACUGGGAGGAUUCAGAAGUGCAGUUUAUGUCGGAGAAUGGAAAUGAGGUGGCCAAGAGUAAAUAUGAGGCCUGUGUCCCUGUUUACUACUACAAACCCACUUACAAAGACUGCCAGGUCCUGAAAGAGCAGUGGAUCAGAGCCAAAUAUGAGAGGCAGGAAUUUACCCAGGACAGAAAACCUCUUGUAUACGAGGAGGGAACCAGAGACGGUGUUCUGAUGAAAAGGGGGCGAGAUAAUGGGCAGUUUCUCAGCAGGCGAUUCGUCCUGUCUGAAAGGGAGGGCACGCUCAAGUACUUCACUAAAUAUGACGCGAAAGAGCCUAAAGCUGUAAUAAAGGUGGACACCGUCAAUGCCUCCUUUCAACCAGACAAAAUCGGCAACCCAAACGGCCUCCAGAUCACCUACCUUAAAGAUUACAGCACGCGCAACAUCUUCCUGUACCAUGAGAACAGCAGGGAAAUAGUGGACUGGUUUAACUCGAUCCGAGCGGUACAGCUGCACUACCUUAAGGUAGCUUUUCCUGGGGCGUCUGACAUAGAGUUAAAACCCAAGCUGACACGGAACUUCCUGAAAGAAGGCUACAUGGAGAAGACAGGACCAAGGCAAACAGAGGGAUUCAAGAAGCGCUGGUUUACCUUAGACCACAGGAGGCUAAUGUACUUCAAAGAUCCUCUGGAUGCAUUUGCUAAGGGCGAGGUGUUCCUGGGUCACAAAGAUCUGGGUUACAGUGUCAGUCCUGGCUUACCCACUGGCACUCAAAAAAAUGGCACUUGGCAACACUGCAUCACCAUAGGAACACCAGAACGCAGUUUCCUGUUUACCUGUGAAACAGAGGCGGAGCAACAGGAUUGGUUAAAGCACUUUAAUUAUGCCAUCAACCUGCAGAUGUCACCACAGGAGUACAGCAUGGAGGCCCUCUUCAAGCAUAAACACUGAUGGAUUUGUUCAUCACUGACCCUGAACUGACCAUGCCUCUUCAUCCUCUGCAGUUCAAAGCCUUAUCAAGUCUUAAUGAAUGAAACACUACUUCUUUAAUGCAUAUUAAUAUUUUAAAAAGCGUCUGUCUAUAGUCUAAAUCAAAAUGUUUGUAAACAAAGAGAUGGUGUAAAUUUUUUUUGUCAGAUUCUUUCAACUUGACUGUCAGUAGUCAAUGGCUUACUGUUAACUGACAACCUUAUAU